GAGCCACCAUGGAGAGCCAGGGGCUGCCUUUACACCAGCCUGUGGGACUUCAAAGCCAUGACGGAGACAGAAUUGAGUUUCCGGGCUGGAGAUCUCUUCCAAGUGAUCGAGAAGAACGGAGAGUGGUGGUGGGCCAAGAAGCUGGAUCCGUCCCCAACGGGUUUCGAGGAAGGCUACGUGCCUUACAACUACUUGGCCAAGCAGGAGACCAUGGAGGCAGAGCCGUGGUUUUUUGGGCAGAUCUCCCGUUCUGAAACAGUCCAUCGGCUGAUGUCAGAAGAGAAUAAGGCCGGGGCCUUCCUAAUCCGCAUCAGCGAGAAAAAGGGGGCCGAGUAUGUUUUGUCAGUCCGAGAUGAGUCACUGGUGAGGCACUAUAAGAUCUUGCACAACGACCAGGGAACUUACUACAUGAACGCGGCCCGCUCCUUCCCAGAUCUGCUCUCCCUCGUCGAGUAUUACAAAGGAAAAGCGCUCACCCACGGGCUGAGGCUCUUGACCCCAUGCUACAAGCAAGAACCCAUGGCGAUGCCACACUGGGACGACUGGGAAAGGCCAAAGGAAGAGUUCCGCCUGGCCCGGAAACUGGGCGCAGGUUACUUUGGAGAAGUCUAUGAAGGAUACUGGAAGGACAGAGUCAGAGUUGCGAUCAAAGUGCUCCCCAGAGCUGAUCUGACGUACCAGGACAUGUUCAAAAACGAAAUCGAGGCGAUGAAGAAGCUGAGGCACAAGCACAUCCUCUCCCUCUAUGCCAUCUCGACUCGUGGGGACCCUGUGUACAUCAUCACGGAGAUCAUGAGCAAAGGGAACCUCCUAGAAUUCCUCCGAGGUUCCGAAGGGGAGCACCUGCAGGUAGCAGAGCUGGUGGACAUGGCGUCCCAGGUAGCAGAUGGCAUGUGCUACCUGGAGGCGCAGAAAUUCAUCCACCGAGACCUCGCUGCCAGGAACAUCCUGGUCGGAGAGAACAACAUCUGCAAAGUGGGAGAUUUUGGGAUGGCCAGGCUGAUCAAGGACAACGUUUACGAAUCUUACUCCCACAACGUUCCCUACAAAUGGACGGCACCGGAAGCGCUUUCCCACGGACGCUACUCUGUCAAAUCCGACGUUUGGUCCUUUGGAAUCCUCCUGUAUGAAAUCAUGACCCUUGGCCAGAACCCAUAUCCAGGUAUGACCAACAGUGAAGUUUUCAAGCACGUCCAGACUGGUUUCCGUAUGCAUUGCCCUCCCAAGUGCCCUGCCACAAUGUACAACAUCAUGUGCGCAUGCUGGGACCUUAACCCAAAAGAGAGGCCAGACUUCAAGCAGCUCCAAGGGCAGCUCCAGAGUUUCACCAACUACGAGAACCCGGAAUGAAAGGAGCAGCUUCCUCUUUCCUCCUCCUCCUGCUCCUCCCUUUAAACCUCGCAAAUUCCGUACGGGAAAAGCGACCUCUAGUGAACCGAAACGUGCGCACACCUUGGGAGGGUAGAGGAGCAGGCUUUGAGCUUCUGUGAUAAAAAAACAGACUCCGACUGCAGACAUGUGACAUCUGUGCCAUAUUUGUUCAGUUGGCAUUGCAGGAUAAGAGACUAAGAAGAGCUGGAUCAGGCCAAGCUUCUCUCAGUCUUGUUCUCACAGCGGACAACCAGACGCCCAAGGAAAGCCUGCAUGCAGGACCUUAGUGCCAUUGAAGCUGGUGCCCAUCACUACAUCUCAUGGGAAGGGCGGGAUCUGGGGGCAUGCCCAUUUAACUGUCGCUCAUGAAGAGCGGGUGGCGCUGUGGUCUAAACCA